GCGUGCUUUGUCCAGAGUAUUUAGGAUUAGGUGGAGGUUUUUUAAUGACUCUUUACAAUAGUGAAACCAAGACACCGAUGACAAUUGAUGCUAGAGAAGUAGCUCCAGCUGCUGCUACUCCCUCAAUGUUUUGUAAAAAUCAAAUUAAUUCUCAAAUAGGUUCAUUAGCAAUAGGCGUUCCAGGACAACUUAAGGGUUACUGGACUGCUUUCAACAAAUUUGGUGGCGGAGUGUCUUGGAAAUCAUUAUUUGAGCCAGCGAUUCAAAUGUGCGAGGAAGGUAUUUCGAUUAGCAAACGGUUAGAAACAAAUAUAUGUUGUAAUAAAAAUGCAAUUUUAAAAAACGACAUAUUAAGAGAGUAUUUUCUCAAUAAAGAGACUGGUACGUUAAAGAAAAUGGGUGACAGGUUUAGAAUGCUGAAAUUAGCUGAAACCCUGAAAAUCAUAGCGCUGAACGGAGCUGAUUAUUUUUACAAUGGACCACUGGCAUCUAGAAUAGCAAAUGAAGUACAAAAUGCUGGUGGCAUCUUGAGUUUUAAGGAUUUAAAUGACUACACCCCUUUUCUGUAAAUCUGGAAAACGGUUACCGGUUGUAUGCGGGUCAUCCACCUAGUUCCGGGGUGAUUUUAGCUUUUAUACUAAAAUUGCUCAAUGGUAUAUUUCCAAC